AUGACUGAGCAUACAGAGAAAAAGGAACCUAAGAUAAAAUUGUUAAGAUGUAUGGAAUGGCUGCAAAACCAAAAUGAUCCAGAAAAGUUAUCUUCGCCAAACAAAAAUGAUGAACAAUUUAUCAUUGAAUUUGAAACUAAAGCACAGCGCAAAAAUGUUGUACCUGCGGUGGCGGAUGAUAUAGCGACAGUACCAGCUGGAAUCGACGAACCUGCCAUUGAACCAAAGGCUGUGCCUUUACGUCUUUUGCGAAAAGAAAAUUUACUUAUGGAAUGUGAGUGGCAGGCAUGUAAGUGCUAUUUCAAUGAUUACCAAGUGUUUCAAAAACAUGUAGCAAAGCAUGUGUCUGAUCUACAUGUCACUGAAGUUAAUGGAAGUGUCCAAUAUGUAUGCUUAUGGGAUGUUUGUGGUCACAGUACAAAUGACUUUCCUGAAAUGGUUCGCCAUAUUAACUACCAUGCAUAUCAUGCAAAACUUUUGGCAAUUGGUUUCAAUGGAAGAGCAACAUUGAAAUUAGAGAGAUGUCAAAAAGACUCAAGCAAAAGAAAUAUGUUGCCUGCGCUAAUAGCUGAUCAUUGCUGUAUGUGGGUUGGGUGUACAGAAAGUUUUAACUCUAUACAGAUGUUCUUUGACCACGUGCAACACCAUAUAAAUUACUCGGAAGAUUUCCUUUGUUCCUGGGCUGGAUGUGGGGCAGUGUUUCACCGACGGGUUUUACUCACAAUGCAUGUCAGAUCUCAUACGCGAGAGAGAGUGAUUGCUUGCUUCCAUUGUGGACACCAUUUUGCAUGUAAUAGAAAGCUGUCAGACCAUUUGUUGCGACAGACGGUGUCGGGGGUGGGAGGCGUGCACGCGUGCUCGCUGUGCGGGCUGGCGAGCGCGACGGCGGCGCUGCGGCGCGAGCACGAGCGCCAGCACGUGUCGGCGUACGCCUGCGCGCUGUGCGACAUGUCGGCGCCGUCGCGCACCGCGCUCGCGCACCACGUGCGCUACCGCCACCUCGCCGGCGACACCAGGACGCACAAGUGUCCGCACUGUGCGUACAAAGCAGUUACAAAGUGGGACCUACGCAAGCACAUACCGACGCACACACGCAAAAAGAAACUGAAGCUCAAGCAAGAGCGUAAAGAAAGCACAAGUGAUAUAGAAAUAUCCGACGAAGAAGAAGUGAAAGAAGAGAAAAAGAAGAAAGUUGGAAAGAAAUACGCGUGUCACAUGUGCCCUGAAAAAGAAGUGAAAGUUUUUUCACGUGGAACAAGAUUGACUACGCAUUUAGUUAAAGUGCACGGAGCUCAGUGGCCAUUCGGGCAUAGUAGGUUUAGAUAUCAAAUAAGCGAAGAUGGCAUGUACAGACUGACGACCACACGAUUUGAAUUUGAAGAUGUAUCUAAGAAAAUAGUAGAUGGUUAUAGCUGGCCUAAAGAAUCUUUAACAAACAAAUUUGAAUUCGAUCUGAAACAAAUAGCUGAAGCCACGGAGACUUCACCGAAGAGAUUUGAAAUCACAUUGAAGAAGAAUGAAGUCAAAAAGGAAAAUGAUGUGAAUACAGCAGUGGAAAUUAUGAUGUGUGAUGUCGAUGAACAUGGGAAUAUAAUUAGUACUGAGACUAUUACAGAUGUUAUAUACAGU